AAUGAGCAAGACCGUUAACCUUGUCUUUAAAGACGUUAUUCGUAGAAGAAACAAGCAAGCCUUGAACCUUGUCCCAAAGGAACUCCAAGACUCUUUUGUUGAACAUUGGGCUAAGUGGUCACACGAUAACGUUCCAGCCCCAGAACAAACUAUUGACAAGGAAUGGGUUAUGAAGAAGUAUAACAUCUCCACUAAGCCAGUCCCAGCUAACGCUUCCCACGUCAAGUUUGCCUCUCCAUUCGGUAACGCUGAAGAAGGCCGUAUGAACGCUCUCAUCAAAUACGAAAAGGAAUUGCAAAGAGUCUUCAAGUUUGUUGAUAAUGGUAAAUUCCUCCUCGAUGUUCACCCAACCUUUACUAACAGAAAGUUCUCCGUCUGGGCUUACUCUGCUUUGUUCUUGCUCGUCCCAAUCGGUAUCUUUGUUUUGAUCUUCAACCAAAAUCCACUCUACAAGUCUCUCUUCGAAGGCAGCAUCUGGGCUCAAAAGAAGACUGACAAGAAGGCUUGGGACUCUGUUGAAAUUGAAACUGUUUUCGAUAGUCACUCAAACCUCACUGUUAAGAGAGUUUAAAUUUUUGGAACGAAUACAUCAUCGUUUUUAAAUAACUAAAAUGUAACACGUACUUCUUCCGUUUGGGUCAUGAACAAUAAAAAUGACGCUUAGGGUCAAUUUGUCUUUAAA